AUGCAAACGCCGAAGGCGGCACUUUCCGGCGUUAAUACGAACGCCGCACCUUUACGGGAAGCCGCGCGGUUCGUUGGCAAUUUUGCGCUAAAUACGUUUUUGGAUAACGGCUUAACGUUUGUAGCGCGCAAAUUAUUUGGCCGAUAUGGUAUAAAAGGAUUUAGCCUUUUAAAUAGCUUUGCGGGCGCGAAAUUAAGCUUUAGUAAGCUUUUUAAAAAGCUUCGGUAUCGCUUCGAACAACCGUUUGUAAACGGUAUUUAA